AUGGAAGUGUUUAGGGAAGCACUUGAAUUCUGCUCUCUAAUGCCCAUUCAGACCAGAGGCUCAAAAUUCACUUGGGCCAAUAAUAGAAGAGGUAGAAACUUUACCAAAGAAAGACUAGAUCGAGCUCUAGUUAACCUAUCAUGGCAGGAAAUUUCUAGGGACAGUUGGUGCUCUGUGGAACCUGCAGUAAAAUUAGACCACUCACCACUAGCCCUAUCAAUAAAGAAGCAAGGAUCCCAUGGCUACCCAGAAGGAAAAUGCUUCAGAUUUGAAACAGCUUGGAUUUUAAAGGAAAAUUGUGCUCAAACCAUCAAGGAGGCUUGGGGAAAGGCAACAAGUGGGCAGGAUAUGACCACUAUGAUGAAGAGUAGACUCCUUAAUUGCAGGUUUGCUCUAAAAACUUGGAAUGCCAAAGUGAACAAAACGACUCCUACUGAGAUCAAGGUUAAAUUAGGUAAGCUGAGGGAGAUGCAAGACAAGGGCAGAGGUGAUCAUGUAGAAUCUGUCAAAAACCUACAGAAAGAUAUUGAACAAAGGCUUGCUGAGGAGGAGAUAAAAUGGAAGCAAAGGGCAAAACAGCACUGGUUACAAGUGGGGGACAAAAACACAAAAUACUUUCAUAUGCAAGCAACUCAUAGAAGGAAAGUCAACAGAAUAUCUCAAAUCCUGGAUAGUAGUAACAGACUCGUGACUGAGAAGCAACAAAUUGGGACUACAUUGUCCAACCAUUUCUCUGAUCUAUCUCAACAUCCCACCCCUCUGAUAUUGAUGAAUGCCUAA